AUGAUAAGUAAUCACCUUUGUAAGAAAUUAUUACUCCCAAAUUUAAAUUGGCAAAUUUAUAAAUUAACCAUCUCUGAGUGUAAGUCCGCACAACAUCAAAUUUUGAUCCAAAAUUAUGAAAAUCCAAAUUUAAAUAAACAAUUCAAUGAUUGGUGGUGGAUAAUUCAGUUCUUAAAAUGGAUUAGAAAAUAUUCAUUUAAAAUGGUUCUGAUGUUUCUUUCUUUUAUACCUUUACUAGGUCCCUUUAUUGUCGAUAUCUUUGGGAUUAAUGACAGAACAAGAAAAUAUUUACAGCCCUUCUUUAAAGAACAAAAUUGGUCAAAGAACCAAAUUAAACAAUUUGAACUAAUGAAUAAAUGUGAUUUUAUUAUAUUUGGUAUAAUAAUCAGUAUACUUGACUCCAUUCCAUUAUUCUCUGUUAUUACAAUGAUCAGCAAUGUUGUAGCAGGAGCUCUUUGGGCUUCUAAUAUUCUAGAAUCUGAUAAUAUAGCAAAUAAAACAAAAAGUAAAAAAGAAAAUUAA